GUGAACUUUGGUUGUGUUAAAUAAUCAAUAAACAACAGUUCCUGUGAGUUAUUAAUAUAUUAGUUUAAAUAUGGAGAUAUACCUCAAUACUAACGUGUAAAUAUGAAGACAAAAAAUUUCGAAAUCAAGCUACUGUCAUCAUUUGAAAAAUAACUUCUGCCAGCUGUCAAAUCUCGGCCCAUUUUCGUAUCCUUGGCGACAGAUAACCCUAGCAACCAAAACAACAUAGAAACAUUAGAUCCUGACAGGAGUAGCCUUGGUGACGCGACCAUGGCAACCACAGCUCGGUUCGCAGCUGGAGGCAGCAGCAGUCCUCCCACUCCAACGCCAGCUACCACUCCCCCUGCUCAGCCUCAACAGACUCAGCUUAUCGUACUGCCUGCUAGUCUUCAGUGCUUACCUUUUCAGACUACAUCAUCGGGCACAAUAGUGAAUGGAGUACCUGUCAUAGAUGUUUCGGCUUUAGAACAAGCAGCGGAUUCUAGCAACGAAAGCACUGCAACGGCUGAUCAUCAAACAGAAACACACGAAACUGACCCACUUUCAUCUGGGUCUCCACAUUUUAUAACGGUUACAGUUGCUGAAGGAGACACUGUGGCUUCUCAUCAAGGUUACCAUAUUCAGUAUGUCGAACCGGAAAUAUAUGCUUCACAGACCAAUGGAGGGCAAGCACAAAUGGCGUAUCCGGUAUAUACAGUUGGUGAAUCGGCAACUCUAUAUCCCAUAACAAAUACAGGACAGGGACAAGGUCAGUACUAUACAGCUACAAAUGCUGGUACCACCACUGUGACCGGAACUGUUGGGUAUACUACGACUGGAGGACAGUAUGUUGUUCAACAUACUGUAGAUGCCGAAUCUCUUAUACCUUCUAACAGAGUGUCGCCGCAAACAACAAAUGCGGAAACGAAUUACGUUGCCACAGCCACUGUGCAUGCUUCUCAAUCUGCAGGACAAGUAGUAGCAGGCGAAGACGUAGGAUCUGCCCUAGGACACGCCACUAGGGUGUCACCCGCAACUGUUCAAUGGUUACUGGAAAAUUAUGAAACGGCAGAGGGAGUUUCUUUGCCUCGAUCUACUCUGUAUGCUCAUUAUCUCAGACAUUGCGCCGAGAACAAACUGGAACCUGUUAAUGCUGCUUCCUUUGGGAAGCUCAUCAGAUCAGUAUUUUUAGGUUUGAGAACACGUAGAUUAGGAACAAGGGGAAAUUCAAAAUAUCACUACUAUGGAAUCAGGGUAAAACCAGGCUCUGCUCUCAUGAACAUAGAAGAUCAGAGCAGCAGGGUCGUCCUGAAUACGACAAAUACUACAGGAAAGGCACAGGGAACUGUCCGACCUUUCAAACGUAAUUCGGACCCGUCGGAUUCUAUUACUAAUAGCACUUUGUCCCAGCAUGUUUCGUAUCUUGGCGAUGGUAGCAGCGCUAUACCUGCAUUCCCAGAUAUUCAUUUCAGUCAACCCUUGCCAGAAGAUUGCGGCUUUGAAGAUGUUGACACAUUAAAAUCAAUAUACAGGGAACACCUCGAGGCAUUCCUUGAUGCUAUUUUGAGCUUAGAGUUUUCUACCGUUGAAUCUCUGUGGCGAGAAUUUUGGAGAUCUCAGUAUAAUAACAAUAGUGAUGAAUGUGAGGAAGAGAAGUAUCUGUCUAAAGCGAAACUUUUUUCACUUUGCAAUUUGGAGCCAGUUCAACAGUUUAUGAGACAGGUUGAUUUGGUUUUUUAUCAAAAUCUGAUACAAGUUUUGGUGCCUGAUGUACUGAAACCUAUACCGGCUACCUUGACGCAAAGUAUAAGAAAUUUUGCAAAAAAUUUGGAAAGCUGGUUAACAUCGGCAAUGGCGGGUGCUCCUUCUGGAAUGUUGCAGAUCAAACUGACGGCCGUAUCAGCUUUCAGCUCCAGUUUGAGACGUUACACAUCCCUCAACCACUUGGCUCAAGCCGCUCGAGCGGUUUUGCACAACAGCAAUCAAAUAGGUCAAAUGCUGGCCGAUCUGAACCGCGUCGAUUUCCACAGCGUCAGAGAACAGGCGUCUUGGGUGUGUCAGUGUGACAACGAGAUCGUAGCUCGUUUCGAGAACGAUUUUAAGUUGACUUUGCAGCAGCAAAAUUCGCUUGAGCAAUGGGCUUCUUGGUUGAAAAAUGUCGUCAAGAGUGCUCUGAAACCAUACGAAGGAAAGCCCAGUUUCUCUAAGGCCGCCAGACAAUUUUUACUGAAGUGGAGUUUCUACAGUUCAAUGGUCAUCAGGGAUCUGACGCUGAGAUCUGCAGCUAGUUUCGGGUCGUUCCAUCUGAUUAGAUUGCUCUAUGAUGAAUACAUGUUUUAUCUGAUUGAACAUCAAGUGGCCGAAGCAACUGGCGUGGUGCCAAUCGCUGUGAUUUUGGAAGGAAUCAAACAGGAUAUAAUGGAAAACAGUCUGAGUAUUUAUGGAAAUAAUGACAACUUCUCAUCAUCCAAACUGGUCUGCAGCAGUCCCUCAGAACCCUUAUCAAAACGCCCUAAAAUUAGCUAGCUUAAAAGUAAAUCCAAAUGUAUUAAUUCUUGUCGCUAAUACCCUAAUAUGUUGCAUUUAAACCAAUUUUUUCUGUAUCGUUGACAAUUUUUAUGCUUUUUUUAUUGCAGUACAUUGGGACCACUUUCUUACUUUGUCAGUCCUAACUACCAGUCAAUCGUUUCAUUGUAUGAAUUUUCAAAUUAGGAAAUGAAAAUGUGUAAGAGUUUUAAGUGUUACUUUGUGCAAUCGUUUAUUAUUACAAAAGCAUAUGUAAGUGCCGUCAAAUUUGUGUGACAAAUAAUAGGUGUAUAUAUGAUUAAAUACGUAAAUAUUUUUGGCACUAGGUGAA